AUGCGUAACCACAAUGCACGCCCAACCGGCGCUACACCUGCACCUGAAGUGCACCAUGUUGCCCAAUCAAGCAACAAUCAGAGGGGAUGGGGUCGAGGGCGAGGAAGAGGCCGCGGUAGGGGCCAGAAACGAGGUGGCAGGAGCGGAGCUAAUAACGGUGAUUCUCGGACCCAGAAUAAGCAACCCGAAGAUCAAACUCGUCAAGGACAUCAAAAUACGUGCUAUAAGUGUGGAUGCAAAGGACACUGGUCCCGCACGUGUCGCACUUCAAAACAUUUGGUCGAAGCCUACCAGAUGAUGAUACAACAAAAUAAUGAGCGGAAGACAAAUGAAUCCUCUCAAGCUGCAUUGCCUGAAGCAAACGCCUUACUCAAUUUGAGUGAUGACUUAUUGGGUGAGGAGCUUAAGGAUUAUGGAGACCAAGAAUGA